AUGAGUCAACUGCCUACUCCUGCUCCCUCUGAAGCAUUACCUCAGUAUGACCCGGCCCGUCACCUCACCAUAGCGGUCGAAGGAUGCGCCCAUGGGGACUUGGAUAGAAUCUACGAGGCCAUUGAGCAUCUUGGGCGAACGAAGAAGACUCCGCCGGUAGACCUCCUUAUCUGCUGUGGAGACUUCCAAGCCAUCCGUACUGAGGCUGAGCUCAAUGAGCUGGCAGCUCCGAUGAAGCAUCGUCAUAUGAAGGACUUCCAUCGAUACUGGACCGGUGAGAAGGUGGCCCCCGUAACGACACUAUUCGUUGGAGGAAACCACGAGGCCCCAUCCCACCUUAGAGAGCUAUACUAUGGUGGCUGGGCCGCUAAGGGCAUUUACUACCUUGGACACUCUGGGGUGAUACGCUGUAAAGGUGUCCGCAUAGGAGGCUUCAGUGGUAUUUAUAAACCCUAUCAUUACGGCCUCGGUCACUACGAGGUCUCGCCCUAUACGGAGGAUACCAAGCGCUCGGCAUACCAUGUUAGGAAGUAUGAGAUGGACAAGCUGGCUGCCUUGGUUGAUCCGCUUCGAAUUGUGGUCAGCCACGACUGGCCUACUGGUAUCACCGACUAUGGUGACACUGAGACUUUGUUACGGGUGAAGGACAGGACGGGUACGAUGCGACAGGAGAUCAGUCGAGGGGAGUUGGGCAAUGCUCACUCGAUGGAGUUGAUGCGCAGACUAAGGCCUGACUACUGGUUCAGCGGCCAUAUGCAUGCCAAGUACACAGCGCUGGUGCCUCAUGAAAGUACUCAAGAGCCGCACCAGUCGCCGGCUCUUACCCGCUUCAUAGCGCUUGACAAGUGUGUGCCUCGGCGGCAAGGGUCGUUGGGAUAUAUGCACAUUAUGACGAUCGAUGUGAAGACAGGACAGCUGUGGGCUCACAGUCUAGAAGGGAAGGGAGGCGUAGACGAGCUUGAGAUGGACCCUCCUAAACGUCAGAGAGUACCUCUUCAGUUUGAUCCCGAGUGGCUUGCCCUGCUCGCCGUGAACAACGACACGAUCCCUCAUACCAGAGACCACUGGGCAGGUAGUGUGAAGCGGCCGACCGAAGAGGACAUCGACAGGGUCCGGACGGCCCUGGAGGCCAACGACGAUGUCAUUAAGGCUGGAACAGAGUACGAGAUACCCGACAGCUUCGUCUCGAGUGAGGCUGACAAGCCAGGCGUUCAUCGUCAGCGUCAAUGGCUCAUGGAUCUCUUAGGGACUGAGGACGUCCUGGGAGUUGCUGAAGCAGCGGGACCUGCUGCUGCUUCUGGGGGCUUUGAAAUAACAGGAGGAGCUCUUGGAAUGGACGGCAGACUCAGUGCACAUGGUUUGGAGACGUCCGAGAUGUGCACUGAUAGCGGUGUCGUUUUCUUCGACGACUCGGCUCCCACUUCGACCGAUUCACAGCCCGAACCGAAGCGUGCCCGAACAAAAGAGGAAGCUGGGGUGAAUGAAGAAGAUAUUGAUCUGGGUGACCUGGACUGA